AUGGGUGGGCCUUCAAACCCAGUAUCUGAAGUCGACUCUCCGCCAGUCGCACCACCACCAUCACACAUGGGUUAUGAUAACCCGAUUCCUUCUUACGUCGGUGCAGCGGCGUAUAACCCUUUUGAGCAGCCAGCUUAUUCUGGCUACAACUACUACAACGCCCCUAGUGUUGACCCGUAUCUCGAGGCGGCGAACUACAACGCUCUUCACCCUGAAGGGCCCUUUCAAGCUGCGUAUCCAACUGGAUACCCAGUAUAUGGGUAUCAAUACCCGCCACCUCCUCAACCUCUGUCACAGCAGCAGGCGCAGCCCCCACAGAUCCAACCACCGCAGCAGCAGGAAAUCCUUCAGAGGUUGAACCAGGUGGAACGAGAUGUGCAAGAAGAGCGUAGAAGCCAUCGGGGUCUACUUAAGGGUUUGGCUGACUUAAUCAAGGGGAAGAAGAGAAGGGAUUAUUGA